GGUAACAGCAGCAGCAGCAGCAGCAUCAGAAGCAGAGCAGCUUCCCAGCUUUCCUCACGCCCACCCAGCCGCUGGGAUUAUCUGGAGACGCAGAGCGAAGCGCGCAGGGGGCUCUCAGGUAAAGCCUGGACACAUCCAUUUUUGCACACCCCUGCUGCUAGAUCACAGAAAGUAGCCAUGAAUGACGUUGCACAGAAGGCAGAGAUUCUGCUUUCUUCGUCUAAACCUGUCCCAAAGUCCUAUGUGCCCAAACUUCGAAAGGGUGAUGUAAAGGAUAAAUUUGAAGCCAUGCAGAAAGCAAGGGAAGAAAGAAAUCAAAGGCGAUCUAGAGAUGAGAAGCAAAGAAGAAAAGAACAGUAUGUUAGAGAAAGAGAAUGGAACAGGCGGAAGCAGGAGAUGAUAGAACUACUUGCUUCUGAUGACGAGGAAGAAAAGUCUAAAGUUGAGAAAGCUUAUGUUCCAAAACUAACAGGGACUGUCAAAGGGAAGUUUGCAGAAAUGGAAAAGCAGAGGCAGGAGGAAGAAAGGAAAAGAAUGGAAGAGGAAAGGAAGCGGAGGAUUGAACAAGACAUGAUAGAGAAAAGGAAAAUCCAGAGAGAACUAGCAAAGAAAGCACAAGAGAUUGAUGAGCAGUUAAACAAUUCGGGAAGCGAAUCGGCAUCGGAGGAAGGUGAUGAUUCAUUGCUAGUGACAGUAGUUCCUGUAAAACCUAGCAAAACACCUGGGAAGAUGAAAAUAAGUUUUGAGGACCUAGAGAGAGAGAGAGAAGAACAAGAAAGGCGAAAGCUUGAAGAAGAAAAGCGAUUGAGAUAUGAGCAGGAAAAGCAAGCUCUCAGGGAAGUCAAAUAUUUCUCACCAGAUGUGGAUGAAGAUGAAAUGCUUGACAGCGAAAGAAAAGAAUCACCCAGCCCUGGUAAAGUGAAACUAACAUUUGAAGAAUUGGAAAGACAGAGACAAGAAAAUCAGAAAAGGCAAGCAGAGGAAGAGGCGAGGCAACGUCUGGAAGAGGAAAAACGUGCCUUUGAGGAGGCAAGGCAGCAAAUGCUAAAUGAAGAUUAUGAUGAUCAGGAAAAUGAAAAUUCCGUCAAGGAGUUCCGUCCUGGGAAACUGAUACUUACCUUUGAAGAAAUAGAAAGGCAGAGGCAAGAAGAAGAAAAAAAGAGAACAGAAGAGGAAGCCAGAAGGCGCAUAGAAGAAGAGAAAAAGGCAUUCGCUGAAGCAAGAAAAAGCAUGAGUCCAGAUGAUGAGCUUUCGCCAAUGUCUAAAACUGUAUCGCAAGAAUCUCUCACACCUGGAAAACUGGAAAUUAACUUUGAGGAGCUACUGAGACAAAAAAUGGAAGAAGAAAAGAGGCGUACAGAAGAGGAGCGCCGACAAAAACUGGAAAUGGAAAAGCAGGAAUUUGAGCAGCUCAGACAAGAAAUGGGAGAGGAAGAGGAGGAGUGUGAAACGUUUGAGCUAAGCAGGGAAUAUGAGGAGCUAAUAAGAUUAAAAAGAAGUGGCUCUAUUCAAGCAAAGAGCUUGAAGAAAAAGUUUGAGAAAAUUGGGCAGCUGUCCGAAGAAGAAAUACAGAAAAAAAUUGAAGAAGAAAGAGCAAGGAGAAGAGCUAUGGAUCAGGAAAUAAAAGAAAGGGAAGCAGAGAAAUUUCAAGAGGAAGAUGAAGUAGAUGUAAAGCCAGCCACAAAAUCUGAAGCUCCAUUUACACACAAGAUAGACAUGAAGGCUCGAUUUGAACAAAUGGCAAAGGCAAGAGAAGAGGAGGAGCAGAGAAGAAUUGAAGAACAAAAAAUGCUACGUAUGCAAUUUGAACAGAAGGAAAUUGAUGCUGCAUUGCAAAAGAAAAAGGAAGAGGAGGAAGAGGAGGAUGGCAGCAUUGUUAACGGCUCAGUAUAUGAGGAUGAAGAACAGCAAGCACGAUCUGGUGCUCCAUGGUUCAAGAAGCCCCUUAAAAAUGUGUCUGUUGUGGAUAGCGAACCAGUAAGGUUUACUGUUAAAAUAACUGGAGAACCCAAGCCAGAGGUUACAUGGUGGUUUGAAGGAGAAAUGUUGCAGGACUGCGAGGACUAUCAAUAUAUUGAGAGAGGAGAAACCUACUGCCUUUACUUACCAGAAACUUUCCCGGAAGAUGAAGGAGAAUAUAUGUGUAAAGCAGUGAACAGCAGAGGAACAGCAGCUAGCACCUGUAUUCUCACUAUUGAGACUGAUGACUAUUAAUAUCCUACUUUUUCUGGAGCCUUCCUUCCCUAAAUUUACUGCAUCCAUCUUUCUUUCUCUCUCCUGUGGUGGGGCCAACAAGAAGUUGUUUAUCAUUCCUCAAAUAAGAUACCCAAUUGCCAGAUUUAUCUCUUGGUUUCAGACUGAAGUUUGGCAAUAGAAGUUUGGUUCAUCUGACAUACAAUGGCUCAAUUUCCACUUGUAAACAGCAUUGUGGCUGCUUGUUAAUGCCACUGAAUUGCUUCUGUGACAAGGAGAUUCUUAUCAGGAAAGCCAAGCUGUUCAUAUGAAACAGCUUGUCAUGGGAUCCCAUCAAUUCUUCACCAUGUUAAUCAAAAUGCACGAUUGUCUUGAAUGUGAUCGGCUACUUUAUGUAAGUUUACCCUAAGUAGCAGACUUCUUAAUGUUAGUUUUCAUAUAGAAAAUUCAGCCAAAACCAUAUACAAAAACAGUAUUAAAUUAAAUCCAAAGACCACUAAAUUCGCUCCACAUAAAAAAAUAUUUCUUGGGUCCUGAAAGCUUUGAGAGCAAAAAGUAUAUUUUUUUGGUUAAACUAUUAAGUAGCCAAAAAUAAUGUAGUGGUUUAUUUAAGUUAUGCCUUUGUUUAAUGCAACUUUUCAUUUAAUAUGCUUUAAUAAAAUUAAACCAAGAUUAUGAUGGCUUGAAAGCAGAAUUAUGUAAUUAAAGUGUACACACAGUUGUAUGUCAUGUUCUUUGAAAUAAAACAUUUGCAUUUGUUUUAUAUUAGAUAGUAGGCAUUGUCCAGCAUCUUGCUUGGAAUAUUGAACCAAAUUUGCAUCUUUCAGGUUGAAAGUGUUAGAAUCAUAGUGAAUGAUGUUUCAACUUUCAUCUCGUAUUGUAUAAUUAUUUACUGAAUCAUCUCACUCAGCAUUUACCAGACACAAUAUAGAUAUAUGUAUGUAUAACAAGAUAUCACAGCCAUGCUUUUUGCUACAUGAGAAGCAACCAACAAAACUCCAAUACAGACUAAAAUAUGUGCUGGAAUGGAGAGAUAUGGAAGAAAUUUGCAUAAUCUUCCAUGGGAUUUUGGCUUACAUUUAUUGAACAGGACAACUGAUUUACAUUUUAUGCAGGAGAUAACUGGGUCUCUUCCUUAACGAUGUACCAAAUGACUUAUUCUGUACCUGAACUGGAAGGUUAAUAAAUAUGUUCAGUUCCUAAAA